CACAAAGGGAGAGGGGGAUUUCUAUUUUGCUGCCUCUUUUGAUUUUUAUUAAUAAGCCAGCUGUUUAUAUUUUUUCUCAUUCAAAACCCCUUCUCCUUCCUUCUUCUUCUUCUUCUUGAUCUCUUCUUUCUCUUCAUUCUUCAAACCUUUCCCUUCUCUCGUUUUCUCCUCGUAGAUCUGAAACGGAACACUUUUUUUAGGGUUCACUUUCGAUCUGUAACUCUCAAGAGAAGGAAGGAAAAAAAUAGGAGGAGAGGAGGAAGAAGGAUUUCUGCUGUUUUGCCGUUGCAAUCUCACCAAUUGUGAAUGCAUUGCGGAUGUGUGCAUCUCAACAGAUAAGUUUACUCAUCUGAUCUCUCCAAGAUCCGUUUUUUUUGUUUGAUUUGUUUUUUUGUACCUUCAAUUUUGAUUAAAAAAAACAAAUACACCAAAACAAACCUACAAUGACGGUAGAGACGGAUGUACCUACUGGAAUUGUUGUUGAUUCUUCUGAGAAGGAGGUUGUUGUUGAAUGUGUUGAGGGAGGAGGAGAUAAACAGGAGAAUUCUAAUUCCAUGACCACCACUUCUUCAUGUGAGAAAUUGGAUCUACCUAAAAAUCUCAAUGGAGAUUGCAAUGGUGAUGAGAUCAAGGAUGAUGCCGAAGAUACAGAUGGUUCAUAUGUUUUUGUCGAUGAUUCUGAAAAUAGACCGGUGUCUGACACUGAGCUGGUGGAUCAUGUUGUCGUACAUGAUCGCGAUGAUCUCCCUGCCGAAGAUAGAGGAGAACCUGUCGUUGCUGAUGUCCCUGUUGAUGGAAGUGUGGCUUCUGAAUUGGGAACACAAAAUCCUGACCUCCACGAGGAGGAAAAUGUUGUUGUUUCCUCUUCCGGGCAGGGGCAGGAUGAUGUCGCUGCUGCUGAACCUUCUUCCGAGUGCAUGUCGAGCAAUGCAUUAGAUGAAGAAGAAGUAGUAGUUGUGGAGCAGAAUGAUGCUGUUGUUGAAGAGGAAAAGCCCCACAAGCAAGCGGAGGACAAGUCGGCAGUUGAGGAAAGUACAGAAACGCAUGUUCCUGUCAUGGAGGCUGCUGUUGAAUCCAAGCCUCGAGAGGAGGUGGAGACAACAAGUGUAACCGAAGAGAAUUCUAUCAACAUUGAAGGUGAUGCUGUUGAUUCAAAACUGAAUCAUAUCGAUAAUGGGGAGGCAAAUGAAGUCGAGAGUACCGAUCUAAAUUCUACUAAAGAAGCAGAUCAAAAGGACCAGGAAGCUCAUCCCACCAAUACAGGUGAUGUUGAACUAGAAUUGCACCAGGUUGAUUGUGAAGAGAAAAGCGAACCUGAAGCUGCCGCGAAGGUGGAAGGAAAUCACGAUACUCAAGUUUUGGGUGAUGAAGCUAUCAUUGAUGGUGGCGAGAAGGAAACAGAGAAAGAGGCAUCUAAGGAAGAACCUUUAGGCCAACAUGAUUGUGAAGAGAGGGACCUCAAAAUGGAAGUCGCUAUCUCUCCUGAAAAGGUUUCACAAUUAGAUAAAGAAGCCAAGGAUGUGGCAGACGUUCAGGACACUCAAAUUUUGGUUACUGAGUCUGCUGAGCCUGAACUACACCAACUCGUUAAUGGGGACAUGAAGGAAGCAGAAAAAGAGGCUCCACUGGAAGUUCUUUCUGUACAAGUUGACACACCAUUAGAGAAAGAAGAGACCAAAGAUGUAGAAGAAGAUCAGAAUUCCCAAAUUUUAGUUACCCAGUCUGUGGAAUCUGAGUUGCAUCAGACUCUUAAUGAAGUAGAGAAUGGAAUCGCAGAAGAGGCUUCUAUGGAGGAACAGUCUGUGAAUGCCAAGACACAGCAGGAGGUGAAUUUGGAAGUGUCUAACAUUUCUGCUGAUGAUUCUCCAUUAGACAAGGAAUCUAACGACAUAAAAGAAGCAGGUUCUAGUACCAAGCCAGUGGAACCUGAAUCACAACAGCUUGUUAACGAGGAUCCGAGGGAAACAGAAAAAGAGAUUCCUGUGGAGGAACCUACGGUGCAUAUUGGUGCACAAAAAGGUCUGGAUUUGGAAACAGCUGAAAGUCCUUCAGAUGAUUCACAUUUAGACAGUGAAACUGCAAAUGGCAUCAAAGAGAGUGUCCCAGAUGUAUCUGUUCAGUGCACUGCUUUGGAACCUGAAAUCAUUGCCGAAGGCCAGGAGACCGUGCAUACGAGGGAAAUUGAUAUCGCCCAACCAGUGCAUACGAGGGAAAUUGAUAUUGCCCAAACAGAAUCAGACGACGUUAAUGAAUCUAUUGAAAACAGCAAUGUUGUUGAUUCUGUGGUAUUGGAAAAUGAUACAGGGGAUUUACCAAUCAAGAAAGAAGACAGCUUGCCUAGUGUUCCUGGUCAUUGUGUAGAUUCUGUACCUGAAGUUGAAAACGGUCCUGAUAGUUCUGUCAAUGAUGACAAUGUGUCUGAGAGUAGUGCAGUUACCGAAGUUGGAAAUGACUCAGCCGAAGUACAUCAAAGUGUGUCUGCUUGCUCUGUUGAGAAUGUGACGUCAGAAGCUGAAACCUGUGACAAUUCCGCCGAAAGCAAUCAUCACAUACCGUCAACAACUAUUCUUUUUGGUGAUGUGGGGGUGCUAUCUGAAGGCAAAGAGGCCUAUCCUGAUAAGAACAUUCCCAUUGGUGAUAAAAAAGAAGUAGAAGUUGCGAGAGAUGGUGCAGCGUUUUGUACAGAAAAUGAAGGAAUUGCAGGAAAGGAAAUGAGUGGCCCACACCCUUCCUCCGAUGAUACCACCAAUGAUGCUUCUGAGGGACAGAAGAUGAACGAGGAGGUUGUAAAGAAACCCUUCCGUUUCUUGAUUAGGAUCCCACGAUAUGUUGACGACAAAAUUAGGGAGGAGAUUACACUUGAGCAGCUACAAGUUGACGAGAAGACUCAGGCUAGAGAUGCUAUACGUGUGGCAAUGCAGUCUGAAAAGGCUGCUUUGAGUGAGCAUCGUGAUAAAUUUGAAGCUGCCAAAUCAGAAGAGAGAACCGUUCGGGAACUACUUAAAGCGAAACGCCAGGAAUUAGAUUCUGUUCAGUCAGCUAUUAAUAGGAUGAAGAGUGAAACUUCCAUCGAUGAGAUUGAUGAUAGGAUAAAUUAUAUGGAGCAUAGAAUAGAACAUGAAACCAUGCCUUUGAAAGAGGAGAAACAGUUGAUACGUGAUAUCAAGCAAUUGAAGAAUGUAAAAGAUCAACUCUCAUCAAGUUUGGGUAAACAGACUGAAGAGCAGCUGUCGGUGGACCAGAGAGAGAAAAUUGAAGAGCAGUUUAAGCUUUUGAAACGAGAGUUGGAUUCUUCAUGGAAGGAGGUUCUACGAUAUGAAGGGAUCACUAAAGCUGCUAAAAAGAUAUACUACGAUGAAAGUGACAAGUUAAAAUUAUUGCAGUCACAGUACAAUGCUGAAAAUGAUUUGCGUCAAGAAGCUUAUAUGCGCUUACAGAAUUUAAAGAAGCAGUUGUAUGAGAAGAACAAGUAUUUCCGGAUGUACAAGGUUGACGGGGACAAAGCGCGUGAUUUGGCAUCUAAAGGAGAUAAAGAAGAACUCCAACGACUUUGUGUUGACCAGGUGGAGAAAAUGAUGGAACUGUGGAACAACAAUGCUGAUUUCAGGAAAGAAUACAUGAGAUGCAACAGCUAUAGCACACUGAGGAGGUUUAAAACGUUGGAUGGACGAUCUCUGGGUCCUGAUGAGGAACCGCCUGUACUACGCACUUUUACGGAUGUAAAACCUGAUAACACUGUUGCAGCAGCUUUGCCAUUAAAGACAGGUCCGACCUUGCCUGUUACAACCUCAUUACAAGGAAGUUCCACUGAAAAGGCUGAAGUAAAACCCGUGGUUCACUUGGAACAGAGGAAUCCAAAAGCAGAUGUGAAACCUGCUGUCGUAAGUUCAGAGAGGAACCUAACAGCAGCAGCAAAAGCUAAGUCGAAGAAAGUUGGAAAACCUGUUGCUGCCUUGGAAACUAACCCAGUAACCAUCUCUGACAGAGACAAAGUUGAACUGGAGGAGAACAAGCAAAGAGAGGAGGAGGAAGAAAAAGAAAGGGCAAGGAAGGCAGAUGAAUUGAGGAAAGAAAAAGAAGCAGCUGCAACUAAGUUGAAGGAGCAGCGACGGUUAGAGGAAAAGGCCAAAGCAAAGGAGGCAGAGGAAAGGAAGAAACGCAAUGCAGAGAAGGCCCAGGUUAAGGCUGAACUAAGAGCAAAGAAGGAAGCUGAGCUCAAAGAGAAGGAGAGAGAGAAAAAAGCAAGGAAGAAGGAAAAGAAGGUGGCGGCGGCCGCUGCAGGAGAAGAAAGAGCAAUUGGCAAUGAGGGAGAGUCUGCUCCAAGCUCAGGAAAUACCACACAUCCUGAAGCUACUAGUAACACUGUCCAAGAACAACCUGGAAUCAAGGAGAAGGCUGCUGUAGUGGUAACAAAGAGGAAAGGACCUCAGAAGCUACUAGCACAACCAAAGGUGAAAGCCCUCCCUGCAACUUUACGGAACAGGAGUAAAAGAAGGAUGCAACCAUGGAUGUGGGUCCUACUUGCAGCUCUUGUUGUUGUUGCCCUGUUCUUGUUGGGAAACAGUGGCUAUUCUUUUAAAUCUGCUCUAUCAAGCUUUGGCUUCUGAGAGUGAUGCAGUUACCUUAAUGAGCCUCAACAGCUACAGCGGUUUUAGAAAGAUAGUUUCAAAAGAAGAGAGGUUUGGGUUUAUUCCCUUAAAGAUUAUGUCUGACCAACUGGCAUACAAGUUAAAAACUAUAAUUUUACCGGCAAUUCUCGGUUCAGGAGUCUCCUCAAUACAAUUGGAGAGAUUGUUUUUCUGGUAAACUUUCCAAAGGACAAAAAACAAUUCAUUUCAGGUGUUGCUUUCAACGGCUAAUAUAUAUUUAUGAAGUAAUAAUAAUAAUGAGAAGAGAAUGUUUCCCUUGCAUUCUCCCAUUUUUUGUUCCAGUUUUCUUUUAUUGUGCAUAUACAGUACUCUUGGUUAUUUGUUGCAGAGAA